GUCAGAAAACCACAGAUCUCGCGAGACUCUGGAAAUCUAAGGAGGCGCGUGGCCCGUCUCUUAGCAACGGGCUCCUAGCGCUGCACAGGGAAGUCAUGGCGUGCCGGGACAGCGACGACAAACAGCAGCGCCGGUUCAAUCUGACCGAUCUUAAGCACCAGGCUGUAGAGUAUUACCGGAACAACGAAGUGCCGCAACGCCUGGAAGAAGUGCUCAACACCAUGUUCUAUCAGCGCCCCGAAGACUUCUACGGGUACCUGGCAAACUACUUCGCUGGAUUGUCAAAACCUCCGGUGAUAUGCAAAUUAGCUGGGAAAAGAAUCCUGGAUGGGAUUGGUCAGCCAACGUUGGAAGUGGAAGUGACUUGCCGGAUUAGGGAGCGUGAAAAGCGGGUUUGUUCCAGCACAAUCUCUUCUCAUGCUGAAAUGCUUGAAAAUGCUUCAACCGAAGCUUUUGAUGCUGAUGAAAGGGAAAGACGCGAAUCUGUAAAUACAGCAGUUGAAUGGAUAAAUGAAUCACUGAAUGAAAUGUUUAGAGGCCUUCAACCUACUGACCAGGAUAACAUCGAUAAGCUGCUAGGAGAAUAUUUUUCCGAGAAAGCUGAAGAAGAUAAAGUAAGAAGGGAAGCUGAAAAAGAAAAAGAAACCCAGGAGGCAGUGCCUCCUGUUUCUCAUCCGCAACCUGCUGCGCCGCAAUCUGGAAAGAAGAAAGGCGCCAAACAAGGGAAGAAGGCUUCUAUAGUGGAGAAGCCAAUCCUUCCAGCAGAACCCGCUGAACCAAUAGUUAAGGGAAGCAUGGCUGUUGGGUGUAUUUCACUUGCUCUUGCAAAGACUGCAGCAAUCAUUUCUGAGAUACCUUUGUACAUGCAUAUUGCUUUGCUGAAAGCCAAUCAGGAAGCACCUAAAGAACUGGCUGUGCCAUUACCGAUGAUAACAGUGUUGAGCUGUGGCAAGUCAUCACCUGGAAAACUGAAUUUGAUGGAGGAAGUGAUGCUUAUACCUCCAGCUUGGCUAACAGUCAAACAAGCUAUAAAAAGAUGUCUGAAUAUUCAGAAACAACUGAUGAAGCUGACAGAACCUCCAGUGCAGCUACCUAGCUCCAUGGGAGAGGGUAAAAAGUCUACUUCACGUGAUGCAAAAAAAGCACCGCCUCCUGUUCUUAGAAAAAUGUCUCACUUAGGCUGUCUUGUAAUUGGGAGUGAAAGCCUAGAACAUCCCCUGACCUUGAUCCAAACUGCUUGUGCAAAUCUUUCCUUGGAAUUAGGGACUGAUGUGUAUUUGGGACUAAACUGUGCUGCACAAGAGCUAAUGGACUAUAGUAAGGGAAAAUAUGAAAUACUAUUUGGAAUACACAAGUCUGCUGAGGAAAUGGUUGAUGUAUACCUGGAACUGACUAAGAAAUUCCCUUCUAUCAAAACCUUUAUAGAUCCACUGAGGAAAGAGGACAAGCAACAGUGGAUUGUCUUACGCAAUACCCUGGGUGCCAAAUGCCAUCUUAUCGCAGAGGAUUCCUGCAGGAAUGUGUCUAAACUUCUCGAGGACGAUGAUGACACAAGCACCCCAAAAUGCAGGGGUUUCAUCUUAAAAUAUACCAAUGAAACUAAAAUUUCUGACCUUGUACAAGUGAAGCAACGUUUAGAUGAUCGGAAGCAGACUUGUACAUUAGGAAGUCCAGAUGGAGAGUCUAUUGAUGACAGCCUGGUGGACCUGGCCGUUGGACUAGGAACCAAGUUCAUCAAAUUGGGAGGUCUUUCACGUGGAGAGAGAGUGACCAAAUACAACCGUCUCCUUGCUAUAGAGGAAGAACUGAGCAAGAAUGGAAGACUCUGUGAAAAAGAUGAACGUGAUUUAUUUGAUGUUGAGGAGGAGGAGGAAGAAGAGGAAGAAGAUGAAUUUGAUUGUACUGACUUUGAUACAGGAACAGUUCCUGCUGCUUUGUAGGAAAUGAUGUUUCGAUUUUCAUGUUUUUUGGGCCAGAAGCAGCUUAGAAUAAUUUGCUUUAAAACACACUAUACCUUCCUUGGUUUACUAAGAUGAGGAAACAGCUGUAUUUGUCUGUUUUUGGCUUUUUGGUGAAGAGGCAUUCCCUAACUCCUUGACCCCAAGACAGUUUUCAGGUCCUUGGAGCCCUGCUCUAUUUACGGGGAAGGAAGCAACCAGGCAGUAAUCAUCAGCUACAAAUGGAAAACAAUGAGGUUGUUCUCUAUCCGGGAAAGCAAUUUCAUUUCUGUUAUGCCUGAUCACUUUUCUUCUCCUUGCCAACAAACACCCUAACAGCUGCUUUGUGCAAGUGAUAAAAAUCUUGGCAGGAAUACAGAUUAAUCUUGAAUCUUGGCCAAUAUCUUCCUGAGGAUACUCUGGCCAGGAUUUGGUGAAGGAAACCUUGAGGAAGCAGCUACAAAAUCCAUGAGUCAUGCAUAUUUUAACAGUCGAUUUAAGAAUGCAGGUAGUUAAAAUAUUAGUCAACACUGAAAAUAGUGCCUUAAUUUUGAGUUUUAUAUUCAGAGUAAAUUCAUACUGCUAAUAAUAUUUUCAUUUUAAAAUAUUAGUAAUAAAUUUGGUUGCAGACAGAAUGAUUUUAGAUGAAAAUGUUAAAAUACCUGUCUUCUCUUUGUUUUUUUAUGUGUUUAGAAAAUUAUCUCUUUGUGAAAUAAAGCUAAAUGAACAUUUGGUA